UUUUUGGCAUUGAAGUGUUGAUGUGUUCAUGUCAUGUUCAUGUAAUUGCCUAUGCCGGUAACAAUAAAAUUAACAGCUGAUAAACCAAAAUUGCUUACGUACUAAAUCUCAAUAAUAAAAUAAUUCUACAAUUGUUUCAUUGUGAUUUGCAGAAUAAACACAUAAAUAAAACUUUAUUUAACGAUGAGUGGAGAGAAAAGUAUUAUACUCGUUACUGGUGGUUCCGGUCUCGUUGGACAGGCGAUCAAAACCGUUGUCGAGGAAGAAAAAAAAGGAGAUGCAGAAAGAGCUAGCAAUGAAACAUGGAUAUUUUGUUCCUCUAAAGAUGCUGAUCUUAGAGACAAAGCCCAGACAGAAGCACUCUUUGAGAAGCACAAGCCUACCCAUGUUAUUCACCUAGCAGCGAUAGUUGGUGGUCUGUUCGAGAACAUGGCACAUAAUUUGGAAUUCUUCAGCGAGAAUAUGGCUAUUAAUGACAAUGUGCUCCACGCUUGUUUCAAAAACGAUGUAAAGAAAGUCGUCUCCUGCCUCUCAACGUGCAUCUUUCCAGACAAAAUUACAUAUCCCAUUGAUGAAACUAUGGUUCACAAUGGUCUUCCUCAUCCAUCAAAUUAUGGUUAUAGUUAUGCAAAGAGAAUGGUUGAUAUUUUAAACAGAGGCUACCAUGAACAGCACGGCUGCAUGUUUACUUCGGUGAUCCCCUGCAAUGUGUUCGGUGCGCACGACAACUACAGCGUGAGCGCCGCGCACGUCGUGCCCGCGCUCGUGCGCCGCAUGCACGACGCCGCGCUCGCCGGCGAUAAAACAUUCACAGUUCUCGGCACUGGCAAGCCACUGCGACAGUUCAUCUAUUCUUUAGACUUGGCGAAGUUGAUGUUAUGGGUGUUAAGGAAUUAUAACAGCGUGGAGCCUAUUAUUCUAUCAGUGGACGAGAAAGACGAAGUAACAAUAAGAGAUGUAGCAGAAGCAAUAAAAAAGGCACACAACUACCAAGGAGAAAUAGUCUACGACACAACAAAGGCCGACGGACAAUAUAAAAAGACGGCUUCGAAUAAAAAAUUGCGAUCCCUGUACAAAGAUUUUACUUUUACUCCUUUCGAGAAAGCUAUUCAAGAAUCUGUCAAAUGGUUCAUAGAGAAUAGAGAUCAUGCCAGAUUAUAAAUAUAAUAUGUACUAAUAAAUAUAUAUUUGUUAAAAAA